CAACUGUCCUUAUGAGAGGCCUCCUGAAAAUGGAUUUUUGGUUUGUGAUAAAUCACUGGAGGGGCAGUUUUGCAAAGUUUCAUGUAAAGAUGGUUUUGACUUCUUUGAGGAUCCAGAAGAAUUUUACUUUUGUAGCCAGAGACAUGGCAAAGGAGUUUGGUCACGUUUGCCAACUUCAAAAUCAAAGCACCCUUUUAAAUUUCCAUGGCCAGACUGUGCAAGUAAAAAAAGUCCUUCCACCAACUACCAGUGUCAACCUGAAACUGCAGUAUAACUUACAGUCAUGUCCAUCAAAUGAUGAAGAGAAAGAAAAUAUAAGAAAAAACUUUAUAAAAAGUCUAUCAUCGCUGAGGUUUAUGAGAACAUUAUGUAGAACUCACAAUGCUUGCAGAGAUUUAACAGUGCGCAUUGACUGUCGUAGCUUGGCAUCCACCAGGAGUAGGAGAAGCUUGAGUGAGGAUAAAGUUAUUUCCAUCAACUUCGAUGUUGAAGUACCAUAUGUGGUCCUAAAUGAAAAUUACACUUGUGAGAAUUGUACUGAGGAUUCCUAUCAGAACAUAAGCAGCAUAUUAAGGAUUGCUGAGACAGAUAUCAGUUCCACCCUGAAAACAGCAAUAGAAGAAGUUCUACCUGAUUCCUCACCUCAGCCAACUUUUAUUCAUUAUGAACUGACUCCUCACUGUUCUGAAGGUCAAGUUUUGAGAAAAGACAGCUGUGUAAACUGUCCUGUUGGUACUUACUAUAACUCAAGCAACAAGAGCUGUACUAGGUGCCCUUUAGGAUCAUUUCAAGAUAGUGAGUCUUCCCUCAGUUGCAAUGAUUGUCCAAAUGGGACUACCACAGAAAGGAGAGGAACCAUAUUAGUCAAAGAAUGUAGAGCCACAUGCCAUCCUGGAACUUACUCAGUGACAGGUCUACAAACAUGUAUUGCUUGUCCAAACAACACUUACCAAGAUGAUUCUGGACAGACAGCUUGUAAGCCCUGUCCCAUGGGUUCAGCCACAUGGACAAUUGGAUCCAAAUCAGUGGAUUACUGCACUACACUUUGUCCUGUGGGAACAUUUUCUGACACUGGGUAUCAACCAUGCAUCCCUUGCCCUCAAGGAUCUUACCAGCCUCUGCCUCAACAGACAUCAUGUAUUUCUUGCCCACCAGGACUAACUACACACAAAGAAGGAGCACACAUUAGUCAGUACUGUCAGGUAAUCCAUUUUUGUGAGGAGCUAAAGCCAUGUAAAGAAGGUAGCACAUGUGUUAAUGUUGGCAGAGAUUACAGGUGUGAUUGUCCACCAGGACUUGUGGGAAAAAACUGUGAAAUUAAUGAAGACGACUGUUCUUCUGAUAUUUGUCAGCAUGGUGGUACAUGUAUUGAUGCUCUGAAUGGCUACCAUUGUCACUGUUUACCUGGCUUUACUGGUAUAAAUUGUGAACACAAUAUCAAUGACUGUGUGGGUGAUCCAUGUUUGAAUGGUGGAACAUGCAUUGAUUACAUCAACAACUACAUCUGUCGUUGUCCUAAAGGAUUUACUGGCAAAACCUGUGACAUUAACUAUUAUGACUGUGCAUCAAGUCCAUGCCAAAAUGGAGCAACAUGUUUUGAUCUCAAAGAUGAUUUUCAGUGCUGUUGUCCAAAAGGUUUCACAGGGAAAUUGUGUGAAAAACCAAUCAACAAGUGUGAAGAUUUGCCAUGUAAAAAUGGAGCAACUUGUGUGAGCACAUUAGAAGGGUUUGAGUGUAAAUGCAAGAAAGGUUUUGAAGGAACAGUCUGUCAAGUAAACAUUGAUGAAUGUUUAUCCAAUCCCUGUCUCAAUGGAGGAUUGUGUGUGGAUGGUGUGGACUCCUUCACUUGUAACUGUACUCCUCCUUUUACUGGAGAUCUGUGUAAUUCAGUUCUACCACAUGAAUUUUACAUCAACUUUCCUUUGGCCUUGACUUCUAAUUUUGUUGAUGUACUUUCCAAUCAUCAUCUUUAUGCAGUAACUGUAGCCUUCUGGAUGAAAACACAUGAUAAAGCUAACAGAGGGACACCACUGUCCUAUGCUUAUACGAACUUGAAGACAGGAGAAACUGUAGAUAAUGCCUUGACUUUAUUGGAUGUUAAUAAAUUUGUACUGUAUAUACAUGGAAAAACAUUUCGUACUGAAAUUCAAGCCAAUAGAGAUGACUUGUGGCAUCAUUGUGCAGUUACUUGGGAUGGCCAGAAUGGUGACUGGGCCAUCUACUGGGAUGCACAUCUCAGCUUGUCUGGGUCUGGUGUGGCUGUAGGAGAGAGACUGUGGGGUGGACACUUUAUUCUUGGACAGGAGCAAGAUAGCCUCGGAGGAGGAUUCAGUUUGACUGAAGCAUAUACUGGAGAUAUAGCUGAGUUCAAUGUGUGGGACUUUGCCAUGAAUGCAGAGCAAAUUACAACAAUAAAAAAAACAUGUGGGUUGCUGGGAAAUAUAGUGACAUGGCCUGAAGUAAAAAAUCAUAUUCAUGGAAACGUUUCAAUUUUCCAAGACAACCAGUUGUGUAAUGAUAUUGGAGAGUGUUCAACCACAGAUUGUUUAUGUAUCAACCAAGAAUCAUCACUGCGUACCCUGUGUUGGAAAUACAUACCAACCUGUUCCCCCAAUCCUUGUAGCAACAGUCAGCUAUGUAAGCAGACUUUAGAUGGGCAUUACUACUGUGAAUGUGAAAAAGGCUAUAAAGGAAAAUACUGUCAGUUUGAUGUUAAUGAAUGUUUAUUUGAAAAUGGAGGAUGUAGUCAUAUGUGUACCAAUACACCUGGAUCUUUUUUAUGUUCCUGCCCUAAUGACAUGAAACUUGGAGAUGAUGACCUCAAUUGUUUUGCUACUAGUUUCUGUGAAGAUGGACAUUUGGUGUAUUUGAAUGGUGAGAAAUGGGAGAAAGAUUGCCAACAAUGUGAGUGUCUUGAUGGCAUAGUGAUGUGUCGGAACUUAAGCUGUUCCAAAGUUACAUGCAAACAAGGUGAAAGAGAGUUUAAAGCUCCAGGAGAAUGUUGUAGCAAAUGUAUCCAAGACCCAGCAGUCUGUACUUUGCAAUCAAACAAUAAGUUAGUUACUUUUGAUGGAAUGGAAUUCCAGUUCACUGGCACAUGUCGUUACACUUUAUCUGAGGACUGUUCAGAAGGAGAAUUUACACUUCAGCUAGAAGACUCUACUUCCAGAAGCUUAGGAAAAGUCCUCUAUAUAUAUACUCACUGUGUGAAGGUGGAGAUCUUUUCUGGAGGUUCUGUGAAAGUUGAUGGCCAACUUGUGUCUCUACCAUACCGAAACAACAGAGUUGUACACGUGGAUCCACUUCCAGGAGAGAAAUCAGCAGUCCAAGUUAGCACUCAGUCAGGUGUGAUUGUUGUUUGGUAUCCUUCUGGGAAGACUGAAGUUCUUGUUCCACGUGAUUUCCAGAAGAAACUCUGUGGUAUUUGUGGAAACUUCAAUGGCAUUUUGGAUGAUGAUUUCACCACUAAGCAACAUCUUCCUGCAAGGACUGUGUUGGAAUUAAUCCAUAGCUGGAAAGUAGAUGGUUACAAACAUUGCAAACUUCCCAAAAUCAAACCCAAACUAUUUUCUGGACCCAGACUGUAUCUUACAGGUGCCUGCAAAUUUUCUUCCUUUACAAUGCAGCGUUGGGCUUUCAAAGCUUGUAGUAUACUGAGGAAGUAUACUUUCCAUCAGUGCUACUACACAGUAGAUCCUAAACCAUAUUUUCAAAGGUGCCUCCAAGAUGCUUGUUCUUGCAAGUUCAAUGAACCUUGCUUUUGUGAUGCCAUAUCGGCCUAUGCUCUGGAAUGCAGACGUCAUAAAAUUUAUGUUAAACAUUGGACUACAAAUAACAUAUGUGAGGCGCGAUGUAGACAUGGUAAAGUAUAUGACGACUGUGGUCCAGCAUGCCCUGAGACCUGUUCUAGGGUGGAAAAGAAUGAUCCUAAGUGUUUCCAGAGACAAUGUGUGGGUGGCUGCCACUGUCCAGCAGGGAAGGCUCUACACAAUGAUCAUUGCAUUCGUUUCUCAAAGUGUCCAUAGGACGCACUAGUUUUGUGUGCAAACGUAGUCAGUUAAAGGAGUAAACAGUAAAAAUGAUAAGUGCUAAGAUUGAGAGAAUUUUUUAUAACUUGAUUUAAAGAUACAUGUUUAUUUCUAUGUAGAUGUUCAUUAAUAUAGAAAAUUUUAAUGUAGAACAAACUUAUUAGAUGUUUUUAUCAAUACUAAAAUUUAUAUAUUAAAAAUAUUCGUUGACUUAA